UCUGCCGCGCCCCCGCCCCACCGAGUUCAGCGAUCAGCACCCAGGACAGCGCCACCCGCCCGCGUGCGGAGGCGGGGUCCGGGCGGGGCUGGCGCCGGAGUGUCUCAAGAGAAGGUCCGGUCCAGCCGCGGAGCAGGGCUCUUGGGUGCCUCCGCAGAAGGGACCGUAGGACCCCGCCGGCAUGUUCUCGGAGUCCCCGACCCCGGGGCUUCCAGCGCCCGACACGCCUCCUGACUCCAGUCGCAUCCGCCACGGCCCAGUACCACCCUGGGCCCUGGCUGCCAUCCUUCUGGUCUCAGGCCUCCUCCUCUUUGGCUGCUGUUUCUGUCUCUACCGGAAGCGUUGUCGGAGGCGGUUGGGCAAGAAGAGCCAGGCCCAAGCCCAGGUCCACCUUCAGGAAGUGAAAGAACUGGGCCGGAGUUACAUAGACAAGGUGCAGCCAGAAGUGGAGGAGCUGGAGCCAGCACCAUCUGGGCCAGGGUCGCAGGCAGCAGAGAAGCAUGAGCUAGGACGGCUGCAGUACUCACUUGAUUAUGAUUUCCAGAGUGGCCAGCUGCUGGUGGGCAUUGUACAAGCUGAGGGAUUGGCUGCCUUGGACCUGGGUGGCUCCUCCGACCCCUACGUGAGGGUCUACCUGCUCCCAGACAAGCGGAGGCGGCAUGAGACCAAGGUGCAUCGGCAGACACUGAACCCACACUUUGGGGAGAACUUUGCCUUCAAGGUCCCCUACGUGGAACUGGGGGGCAGGGUACUCGUCAUGGCAGUGUACGACUUCGAUCGCUUCUCCCGCAAUGAUGCCAUUGGGGAGGUGCGGGUCCCCAUGAGUUCGGUGGACUUGGGGCGGCCAGUGCUGGCCUGGCGCGAGCUGCAGGCUGCUCCGCGGGAAGAGCAGGAGAAACUAGGUGACAUUUGCUUCUCCCUCCGCUACGUCCCUACUGCCGGUAAGCUUACCGUCAUUGUCCUGGAGGCUAAGAACCUGAAGAAGAUGGACGUAGGAGGGCUCUCAGAUCCGUAUGUCAAGGUCCAUCUGCUGCAGGGGGGCAAAAAGGUGCGUAAGAAGAAAACCACCAUCAAGAAGAACACUCUGAACCCCUAUUACAAUGAAGCCUUCAGUUUCGAAGUGCCCUGUGACCAGGUGCAGAAGGUCCAGGUGGAGCUGACUGUGCUGGACUAUGACAAGCUGGGCAAGAAUGAGGCCAUCGGGAGGGUGGCUGUUGGGGCGGCGGCUGGGGGAGCUGGCCUGCGGCACUGGGCAGACAUGCUGGCCAACCCCCGGCGGCCCAUUGCCCAGUGGCACUCUCUGCGGCCCCCUGACCGAGUGAGGCCGCUGCCUGCACCCUGAUCCCCACCUCAAGCCCCUUGCCAAGCCUGGACUGAGCCCCUGAUCUCAGACUCCUGGCCAGAGCCACACCCAGGCCUACCUUGAAGCCUUCUCUGACCGCUGAUCAGCCCAACCUGCCCCAUUCCUGCCUUCCCAUUCCCCUUUGUAUAAGUCGCGGUGACUUGCCAACUCUCCCACCAAGCACAUACUCAGAAGCCCCAGGGACCCCUGGGGGAGGGGAACAGUCUGGUCUGCCCCCACCCCAGCCUCCCACUCUCUGCUUUGACAAUCAGUGACCCAGCCUACUACUACCCCCUUUGCUCCCAGUGCCCCUCUUCCUGCAUUGGAUCACCUGCUCCCAUCCCUAGUUGGAUUCCUACACCAUUCCUGGGACCAAAUAAAUACUCAGCAACUUU